AUGCCAGAACGCUUCGAGUCAGACGUCAAGGAUGCCUCGGCACUGGGACAACCUCUUCAUUUCGAAUUCAGUGGGAGAACAGCUCCAAAUAGAUUUCUCAAGGCUGCCAUGACUGAACGUUUGUCGUCAUGGGAUGCACACGACAGGACCAAGCGUGGCGUUCCCUCAAAGGAACUCAUCAACGUCUACAAGCGCUGGGGCGAAGGAGGAAUGGGCCAUAUCCUGAGCGGCAACAUCAUGGUUGAUUAUCAUCAGUUGGAAGCACCAGGAAAUCCCAUCAUCCCUAUCGACGCCCCUUUUGAGGGUGAGCGCUUUGAAGCCUUCAGAGAAAUGGCCACCCAGGCAAAGGCUCAUGGCAGUCUGAUAACCGGCCAGGUCAGCCACCCAGGUCGGCAGGUAGCAGCGGAUGUCAACGAUGAUCCAAUCUCUGCCAGCGACGUUCAUAUGGCCGAAGCCAUAGGCAUGAAAUUCGCAAAGCCCCAUGCCGCGUCACAGGAAGAAAUCGACCACAUUGUGAACCAAUUCGCCCAUGCAGCAGAAUACUUGUACAAGGCUGGAUACGAUGGAAUUCAGCUUCACGGCGCGCACGGAUAUCUGAUCGCACAAUUCCUAUCUCGGACCACGAACAAGAGAACCGACAAGUACGGAGGCUCGAUUGAAAAUCGUGCCAGGUUGAUAGUUGAGAUUGCCGAGGCCAUCCGCGCAAGAUUGCCUUCUAACUCCGGUUUCAUUCUUGGAAUCAAGAUGAACUCGAAAGAAUUCCAAGAAGAUGGACUGACCGCAGAAGAGGCCAAGCAAAUAUGCCAGAUCCUCGAGCAGAACAAGUUCGACUUUGUCGAGCUAUCAGGCGGCACAUAUCAGUCAUUGGCGUUCCAGCACACAAGAGACAGCACUCGGGCUCGCGAGGCUUUCUUCCUCGAAUUCGCAGAGCUGAUCACCCCUAUUCUAACCAAGACAAAGACUUAUAUCACCGGAGGCUUCAGAACAGUCGGGGGCAUGGUAGCAGCCUUGAAUACCGUCGACGGUGUUGGUCUUGGAAGACCAGCAGCCCAAGAAUUCCACUUUGCCAAAGACGUCCUGGAAGGUAAGAUCACAGGAGCCAUCCACCAGCAGAUUGAUUUAGACAACUUUGGGCUUGGAAAUGUCAUUGCAGGCACACAGAUUCGGCAGGUUGGCAAGGACCAUGAGCCAAUCGAUAUGUCCAAGAAGGAGAAUGUCGAGGUCUUCUUCAAGGAUAUGGGCAAGUGGAUGGAAAAGAUGGGUUCUGGUGAUCCAAACAACUAUGGAUAUGUUGAUCUGGAUUCAUUCAAGGCUCAACCAUAUAUUACUACAUAA